UGUUUAAAACUUUGAGCUGGAACCUGACUAGCUGUCGUGUCAUCAUUUAUGUUGACAGGACGGUGUAAAUUUUAUUUAGCUUUUUGUUUUUGCUCCCGUAGCUCUGAUGAACGAUGGCGAAUACCAUGCUUUUAUCUUUGGCUGAAGAGCUUGAUGAUCUCAAUGUUGAGUUCGUUUCAUUGCAGGAGAAAAGCAAAGAGUACCAGAAAACCCUCGAGACAUUGCGGACAAUAGAGAAGUCCUGCAUGUCGAUGGUGACACAUCAGAAGAAGAAAUACACACAGAUCGGCCAGACCCUCAAGAAGCACGGUAAAGACCUGGGAUUGGAGGACAAGCCAAGAUGGGAGGAGCUACAGAGGCACGUGGCAGAGAAACAGAAAGUGUGCGUGGAGAUCCACGAAUCACUGCCUAGGCCAUCCGAAGGAUUCCUCAAGUUAACUCUCGGCCAAGUCAGUGUGUCACUUCUUAGUAAAUCAGAAAAAUUUGACUACAAGGAGGAGUAUGAGAGAUUCAAACUCUACAUGACCAUCAUUCUGCUGGUCUUCUCACUUGCUACGGCACUCUUCAUAGAUUUCAGAGUCUGCGACGCCCUGUUUCAUUUCCUACUGGUGUGGUAUUACUGCACGCUGGUCAUACGGGAGAGCAUCCUCAGACACAAUGGAUCCAGAAUCAAAGGCUGGUGGGUGUUGCAUCAUUAUCUGUCGGUUGUGCUGUGCGGUAUUCUGCUCAUCUGGCCUGCCAGUGUGUCAUACGAGAUGUUCCGUAAUUUAUUCAUGGCAUUCUCGGUGUAUCUAAAUUUUCUACAACUGCUACAAUAUUAUUACCAGAGUGGCUGUCUGUAUCGUCUCAGGGCUUUGGGAGAGAAGAGCGACAUGUACCUCACUGUUGAGGGUUUCCAAGAAUGGAUGUGGAGAGGCCUUCAAUUCCUUCUUCCCUUUCUGAUGCUUGGAUAUAUCUUUCAGGCGUACAAUGCUUUUGUUCUCUUCAAACUCUCCUUCCACCCCGAGUGUAAUGAAUGGAUGGUUCCGGCAUCAGCAAUCAUUUUCUUCAUUCUCUUUCUGGGCAACUUCUUCACAACCUCCAAGGUGAUGCUGUCCAAGUUCCAAGCCAUGCAGAAAAAGAAAUCCAAGAAAUCUCUGUGAAAGCAAGUCCGCUAGGUACGCUCGGGGGCAAGACGUUAAAAGCCCGUCCUUAAAAUAAUUGGAAACAUUCAAUCAUCCAAGGAUUUAAAUGACGAUACAGAAGAAAAAAAAACUAAAGCUGCCUGUUAUAUUUUUAUGCUAAUUAAUGUGUGUGGGUCGCGCCACAAAAAUUUUUUUUUGAAAUAUUUGGCAAUUGGUGUGAGAAACGAGCUGUGAAGUCAAUUAAUAUUACAAAUCUGGUGACAAGACUAAAAAUAAAAUGAGUGAAUGCUAAACAAGUAGAUAAUAAAAAAAUACUUAAUUACAAGUAAAGGCUUUUCUUUAUGUAGUGCUGAUGUCAAGUGUUAAACCAAUUUAGGAGAUCUUGACAUGAUUGCCCAUUAUGCCUUUAGGAGUGUACGGCAGCAACAAAUUUAGGAGAACAGUACGUAGAUAUUCUCAGGGCUUCUCAAAAGACCAUCGUAAGAAUAUAUAUAGUCGUUCAUAACUCCUUUUAUUUUCUGCUAAACAGAACAGAUUUCGACACACACACAAAAUGAGCUUGCAUAGACAGAAUAAAUGUGCAUGUUGUCGUCUGUCAAAAAAGUUGCACUUAGUGUAUGACGUGAUACAGUAUUGGGUUUUUGGUUGCUUCAUAAUUCCGGCAUGCAACUGUACAUUCACAAAAAAAAGAGGAAAUUCCAAAAAUCAGAAGACUUUGUACAGUGUUUUUCUAUUUUGAAUGGCUGAAAUUGGAAUAAAAAUAGAGGAAAUCAGCUGAUCCGCGGAAAAGUUGCAUGCCUGGUUCAUUAGUCUUUCAAGUUAUAUUUUCAACUUUGACUUGAUUCACGCAAUCCGAAUUUUUAAAAAAAGAUCCUGUGCCAAAACUGGACACUUCCUUGAAAAAUCUUUCCUUUUUUUUACCACGACUUGGAGGAAAAUUUAGAAUUAAAUGAUAGACCAAAGUGAACAGUUUUGUUUUGCCAGAAUGUGUGCAUGCACUUUGUUUGGUUUUCAUAAUUAUUUUCAUGUAGAUUCAGAUACCUCUUUACCUCUAAAAAUACAUUAUAAGGAGACCUUUUAAAAUAAAUAACAGUUUUUGAGGCAAAAGGUACUUUGAGAAGAUUUGUUGAAAAUGGCUUUUCAGGUGCAAGGAAAGUGAUCGCCAAACUUAGAUGUACUCUGUAUUUCCGUACCCAGUUACCUUCUUGGAGAAAUUUUCAGCCGAAGUUUGUUUUUACUUAAAGUUUUUAACUUUCUAAUUUGUCAUUUUAGUAUGUGUGCCUUUUCGAUGAUUAUUUCAGUGUCUCAUUUUAUGUUUAUUUCUUGAAAUUAAACUGCUUAGUAUCAACCCGAGCAUUUCAGUAGUCUACGAGAAGACCACUCUAGUCAUGACGGUUCGCAGCAUUACAAAAAAAUGUUGCCUGUAUUUGUGUUUUGACAAUGCCGAAAAAUUUAAGUCAGAAUGAAUCAUAAAGGAAUGUCUCAAAACUAAAAUCACUUAAAUGUGGUCCAAUUUACUUAUAUUUACUAAUCUUGAUAAUUUUGGUUUGAAAUGUCCAAAGGCUGAGAUUGUUUUUGUGUUUUAUGGGUUUUUUUUGUCAAUGAUUAUGGUAAAGUUCAACCUAUUUGGGGGUUAACCAAUGAAACUGCAACAAAAUGGCUGGUCAUUAAAUGCAGUAUUUUAGUGGGCAAAAAAGUUGUUAAAUGUUUAAAGAAGCUAUUUAUUGAAUAAAUUGGAAUGAUAAUCACAA